GCUCGAGGCAGCAGGCUUCUGGCUCACUACCGUGUACAGCUGCAAGAUUUAUGCUGAACGCUCGGUCACGUGCAUGUGCGACCAGAGUCUGCGCCUCCAUCGACGUCCACCAUCCUCGACACCCCGUCCCGAUUACCUCAUCAUCCUGCUAAGCACAUACGAGUACUUCAAUACGCCGGAUACUAUGAACGCCACUCGUGCACCUCUUCCCGGGCCUCGCGGCGUAAAGAGGAAAAGAGGCAAGGAGGCGACUGUCGAUCCAGGCAAAAAGAUUCAAGGCAAACUUCAUCACGGUCUGAAAGCCAUUCGCAAAGUCGCGAAGAAAGAGAAGAUUUUCGAGAUCCAGAAACUCAUCAAGAAGAGUAAGGAUGUAGCUGGGAAGAAGCAGGAAAACGUGGACUACGAUGAACAGAGGGUCAUCUUGAAGGCACUAGACCCUGAGCAUGCCGCACACCUAGCAACCAAGACGAAGAUAGGGAAAGACAAGUUUCUCUCCCAGAACGACUUCGUCAAAGCCGCGGUAGAGGCCGAACUGUCGUCUGGAGUGCUGGUGCUGUCAGAGCCCGGCACGACGGCAAGCGUUGUCGAGAGUCGCUUUCUCAGCUCGAAACGUAUGGCCGCAGAGAUACAGAAAGUGCUACAAGUAAUGAAGGACGAACUCAAUGGAACACCCAGAAGUAAACCCGUGGACGCUGCUGCGCCAUCGAAGAACACGAGCAAGAGUGAAACCACCGUCCAGGUACGCAACGGCUCGUCUGGUGCAGACGACGAUGAGGAGGAGGAGGCGUCUGAAGGGGGCAGUGAAGUGGGAUCUAGAGAAGAGGAUGGGGCCGGAUGGGAGUCAGGCGAUGUGGUCGGCAGCGACGCUGGUGACGGAUGGGAGUCGGGUUCCGUGGACGACACAGCGGACAACAGGGGACGUGUCGCAGCACAGGGUGCGGCACUGUCUGACGGGGAUGACAGCGAUACGGACUCGAACGAGGUGUCCGAUGCGGCAUCGUCCCGUACAACCAAGCGCAGAAAGCAGCUUGAUCUCAAGGCCGCUGCAGCGCAAGCAACUGCCAAGGACCUCAAAGGCAAGUCUAAAGCAUCCACUGCCGAAUCAACGUUCCUGCCCUCGCUCUCUGUCGGCUUUACUCGAGGAGACUCCGACGCUUCUGAUUGGAGUGACGCGGACACAAACGUUGCGGAUGGUGUACGGAAAAACAGACGCGGCCAGCGCGCCCGGAGAGCUAUCUGGGAGAAGAAGUACGGGAAAAACGCGAAUCACGUCAAGAAGGCGCAUGAGGGCGAUGCGCGAGACGGACAGCGACGGCCCUCAAAUCGCGCAGAUUCGUAUGGAAAGGGGGGACCAAGGCAAGGUGGAGCCGGACCGGAUGCGAGACAACGUCGUCCGGGACCAGGUGCCUAUCCAACUUUGCGUCCGUUCAGCAAUGGUACGGGCUCGCACGAUAGAGGGUUUAUCACAGCUGGCCCUCCUCUUGCGCGAGCGCAGCCCAUGGAAGACAAACCUCUCCAUCCGUCAUGGGAAGCGAAGAAACGCCUCAAGGAGAAGCAGAAUCCAGUCGUUAUGCCCGCACAGGGUAAAAAGAUCACCUUUGCUUGACGGAUCAUUGUGUGUAGGAUCAUUCCACUGCGUCGUGCACUAUGAUUCAUACUAUUUAUGAUACAUGAACGCGUCAGAUUGGCGUCGUCUUCGUUAUUUUCGUGCGUCUAAAUUCACUGAGCGAUGUUCCGAAUAUCGAGCGGAUAUUCACGACAAAAGCUCUCCUGGGUCGUUCAGAUUUAUCCGAGC